AUGACCAUUGUGAUUCUGUCCCGAGGAAGCUGUGGCCUCUCCAGAUGUACUGGCCGCUACCUGAUGUCCAUGGCAGUGGCGGAUUUGCUGGUCAUCAUCUUCUGUGUGAUCCUGAGCUACCUGGGAUCUCUUCACUUCCCCAUCUCCUUCCUCAACCACUACCACGUCUGCAGCCUGAACAGGAUCACAAAUGCAGCAGUAGUGGACAGCUCAGUCUGGCUCACCGUGGCCUUCACCUUUGAUCGCUUUGUCGCUGUCUGUUGUCCCAAGUGGAAGGUCCAAUACUGCACAGAGAGAACAGCGGCUCGUGUAAUCCUGACCAUCUGCACAGUGAGCUACCUAAGAAAUAUCCCACGUUAUUUCACCUAUGAACCUGAUUACCCAUAUGCUCCUUUCAGAGGCUGCAGACUCCGUAAUGUGUGCAGCAAAUCUGUUUGGGCAGUAUACAUGUGGUCCAGCACAGUCUUAACUCCCAUCAUUCCCUAUGUGUCCAUCUUACUGCUGAAUGCUCUGACUGUCAGACACAUCCUGGUGGCCAGUCGUGUCCGCAAGGCACUCAGGGGACGAGGCCUCAAUGGGAAGGAUGGAGACCCGGAAAUGGAAAAUCGAAGGAGGUCCACCAUCCUGCUCUUUGCCAUAUCAGGCAAUUUCAUCAUUCUGUGGAUUGCCAGAGUGGUGGACUUUGUUUUUCAGGAGAUAUUGCUCGGCAUGAGCAGGAAUGCAAUACUCACCCAUGUAGGAGACAUGCUGAUGUAUCUGAGCUCCUGCACCAACACCUGUGUUUACACUCUCACCCAGGCAAAGUUCAGAGAGAAGAUGAGGCACAUGAUAAACCAUCCCAUUCUCCUUUGCCUGAAGUUCCUCAGAGACUGA